AUAUAACCGAGCAACCCACCUUUCUUAUACAAAUUUCUCUGCCUGAAAUCGAUGCUUGACCAAUAUGAUGAUCGGAGAACAAAACCGCUUAAAGCCCACCGUCCAAAUUCCUCAAUGGGACCCAUAUGAAGAUCCAACGGCCGGGCUCUCAUCACCUCUUUCCCUCAACAGUCCCUCUGUUAACCACAACAGCAAUGUUGGUACCGGAGAUUUCUAUCAUUUUCUGGAGAAGUUCUCGUCUCUCCACCGUUACCUUCCCUCGAAUGAGUUUUUGCAUGGCGAGUCUGAUUCGCUGAGUGAGGAGUUGGACGUUCAUGUCGACUCUUUUUCAUGUGACCAUUUCCGCAUGUUUGAGUUCAAGGUUCGGAGGUGCGGACGUAGCAGGUCACAUGACUGGACUGAAUGCCCCUUCGCACAUCCCGGAGAGAAGGCUCGCCGGAGGGACCCCCGGAAACACCACUAUUCUGGCACUGCAUGCCCUGAGUUUCGUAAAGGGAACUGCAGGAAUGGCGACUCCUGUGAGUUCGCUCAUGGAGUUUUUGAGUGCUGGCUCCACCCUGCCCGUUACCGUACUCAGCCAUGCAAGGACGGCCUGAGUUGUCGUAGGAGGGUUUGCUUUUUCGCUCACACGGCGGAGCAACUUAGGGUUUUGGCACAGCAGAGUCCGAGGACAAACGGGCCCUGCGAGUCUUAUGACGGAUCGCCGAUUCGUCACACUUUUGACUCGUAUCUGACUAAGGGGGCUUUUCUUUCGUCUCCCACUUCGAUUCUGACGUCGCCGCCGCUGUCUCCACCGUCAGACUCGCCACCGGCUUCGCCAAACAGCCUUCAAAUCGGCGGUGGAACUAUCAACUCAUCGAGUGAGCUUCUUACCUCAAUGAGGAAUCUUCAUCUUGGUAAGAUUAAAAUGAGCUCUUCAGCUCCAUGGGGUUUCCAGAUGGGAUCUGGGUUCAUCUCUCCGCGUGGCGGGUCGAUGCUCCGACCCGGAUUCUGCAGUGUUCCUUCGACGCCGACCCGAAACCCCAUCACGCCCCUGCUGGGUUCGAUGGACCCCUGGGAGCAGACUUUCGAGGAGGAACCGAAAAUGGAGAGGGUGGAGUCUGGGAAGAAUAUCCGAGCCAUAAUGUACGCCAAACUCAGUAAGGAGAACUCGCUGGGCCGAGGCGACUCUGUCGCGGCAGCACCUGACGUGGGCUGGAUUUCGGAGCUAGUGAACUGAAGCUGAGUAAGACAUCAAGCCUCAGAUUCAAGUUACGGUUUAUUUUGAUCAAAUUUUUUUUUUUGGCUGAUGUGUUUGAAAAAUCAGUGGCCUGUGAUCUUUCUAACUCUUGUGAAUAUCUCCUAAUUAAUUUUUGAAUUUUCUGGGUAAAUAGUCAUGAAAAAUGGGCUAGGAAAAAAAAUGAACUUUUGUAUAGACAUGAAGGAUUUUACCAGUGCUUCUGAUGAUUCUGUAGUCGUUUCUUUGUUCCAAAUUUGGCUAUGAAAUGCAUUUCCCUUUUGAUUUGAA